GUGGACACAAUCACAUGGCAUUCUGUUGUACUCAAUGGAAAAUUCUACCGGCGAUGAAGGAGAGCGCGUGUGUGUUGAAAGUUGCUGAUUGUAAUUAACUGUAUUGUUGGUAUAAUUUUUCACCAUGUUGGUGUUGUUUGAAACUCCUGCUGGUUAUGCAAUUUUUAAGUUACUUGACCAGAAGAAACUAACGAAAACAGAGAACCUCUACCAUGAUUUUGAAACGCCAGAAGCGGCCAGUAGAGUUGUCAAAUUGAAGCAUUUUGAGAAGUUCACAGACACAACAGAAGCCUUAGCUGCUACAACAGCAGCUGUUGAAGGAAAGAUGUCAAAGUCACUGAAAAAGAUGCUGAAGAAUGUAGUGGCAAAGGACCUGCAGGAGCAGUUACUAGUGGCUGAUGCAAAGCUUGGAAAUGCCAUAAAAGACAAGUUGAAUCUGUCCUGUCUGUCUAAUACUUCAGUACAGGAACUGAUGCGUUGUAUUCGGUCACAGAUGGACAGCUUGCUGGCUGGCUUUCCAAAGAAGGAGAUGACAGCUAUGGCCUUGGGGUUGGCCCACAGCCUUUCCAGGUACAAACUGAAAUUCAGUCCUGACAAGAUAGAUACAAUGAUCGUGCAGGCUAUUUGUCUUCUGGAUGAUUUAGACAAGGAGUUAAAUAACUACAUCAUGAGGUGUCGAGAAUGGUACGGAUGGCACUUUCCAGAACUUGGAAAAAUCAUUACAGAUAACAUAGCUUUUGUCAAGACUGUCAGACUUAUUGGUACACGGGAAUGCACGAGUUCUACUGACCUCUCGGAUAUUCUGCCUGAAGAAGUAGAGGCAAAAGUGAAAGAUGCAGCGGAGAUAUCAAUGGGAACAGAAAUAUCUGAGGAUGAUAUCAUGAAUAUCCAGCAUUUGUGUGAUCAGGUGAUUGAGAUCUCAUCAUAUCGUUCACAAUUGUAUGACUACUUACGCAGCAGAAUGAUGGCCAUGGCACCCAACCUUACAGUUUUAGUAGGAGAAUUAGUUGGGGCACGGUUAAUUUCUCAUGCUGGUUCCUUGAUCAACUUGGCUAAGCAUCCAGCUUCUACUGUACAGAUCCUGGGAGCAGAGAAAGCUUUGUUCCGUGCUUUGAAGACUAAGAAAGACACGCCAAAGUAUGGCUUGAUAUUUCAUACCACUCUUGUAGGACAGACCAGCACAGUGAAUAAGGGCAAGAUUUCGAGGAUGUUGGCUGCUAAAGCAGCACUGGCUACUCGUGUGGAUGCUCUAGGAGAAGAUUGUUCAUUGGAUUUAGGUGCUGAACACAAAGUGAAAGUAGAAGCACGCAUUCGAUUUCUAGAAGAAGGCAAUUUACGUCGGAUUAGUGGUACAGGCAAAGCAAAGGCUAAAUUGGAGAAGUAUCAUAGCAAGAGUGAGGUGCGACAGUACCCAGUUGCUGCUGACUCAACACUACCUACAAGGAAGAGGAAAUUUGAUGAAAUGAAAGAAUCUCCACGAAAGGCACUCAUUGAGGAAAUUACUGAUGAAAAUGAUGUACAACCAAAAAAGAAGAAAAAGAUUAAACAUGAACCAGUAGGUGAUAUAGAAACUACAGGACAUGGGGAAGAACGCAUCAAAAAGAAAAAGAAGAUCAAAAGUGAACCUGCAGUCUCUGAAGGCAUAACUUAUGGUGAUGGUGUAGAGGCACAGGAAGAAGAGGAACAGACAUGGGUGACAGAGUCUGGAAAAAAGAAGAAGAGGAAGAAAAAGUUUAAGGAGGCCACUGAAUCUGGAGUUGGACCUGAUGAUUCUUUCGGUGGUUCUUUUGUAGAGGCAGAAACAAACAGUGAAAAAAAGAAAAAGAAGAAGAAAAAGAAGUCAUUGGAUAACCAAGAAGAGGAUUAGCUUGUGUUGUAAAGGUCUUUAAAUAAAAACUGGUACAAAUGUAAUAUACAACACAUUAUUAUCAUCCUUUAAUUUCCUCAACUAGAACUACAUUUUUGAAGUAAUGUAUUUGUUGUUGAUCUGCUUAUAAAUUUUAUUAUGAAGUACUAUAUACAUU